UUAAGGUUCUUAUUUGAUCACUGUGUGGCUGAAAACUUGACUGAGAAAUUUGCCUUUUUGAGUCCUCAUCGAACGGCACAUGGGCUGACCAAUCAAAGCCAAUAUAUUUCGGAUGCAAUUAUGGCAAAUGGACACCCAAACCAAUUAUAUCUUGCACCGGUCAAUAUAGGGGCACAUUGGGUGUUGGUUGUGAUCAAUGCCACUACAGGGACCUUAUUUUACUUGGAUCCUAUACAUGGUAGUUUGAAUCAACGCAAAGUCAUGAAAGAGAUGUUUGAUAAUGCAAUGAUGAUCUACCGUGCUAAUUGCAAUGACAAGAGGAUUACAUGGUCCAAAGCCAAAUGGAAUACUAUAAAGUGCCCUGCCCAAACAAAUUAUAUAGAUUGCGGGUACUAUGUACUAAGCUUUCUAAAGGAGAUAAUUGCGCACAAAAAAUCUACAAUUCCACAAGCGUACUUCUCUGAUUGUCAAUUUGGCUUCUACAAUGAGGAUCAACUAAAUGAAAUUAAAGAAGAGUUGGCUACUUAUGUGUUAAAGAAUUUUGCCUAG